AUGACAGAAGCAUGGAAAACUCGAAUAGAGAUAGUCAAAGGUAAGGUAGAGACUAUUCUUACUAAAAUAAAAAAAGGAGAGACUGAACCAGUGGAUUAUUACAACCUCAAGUUGCUCAAUGAACUUUUUAUGAAGGAGACCCAUAUUUAUAUGGAUAAGUUGACAGUAGAAGAAUCCAGAACUUACACAGAAAUACAAAUAGAAGCAAAGCUCCUCGAUAACAAAAACAAUGGUGACCCACCAGUACAACACGUUGAUCAAUUGACAUCCAAACUACCAAAAUUAGAGUUACCACGUUUCAAUGGAGACACUCUGAAGUGGAAUGAAUUCUGGGACCGUUUUAAAUCCAGCGUAGAUACCCAAAAACUUACCAAAGCUGACAAGUUCAGUUAUUUGAUGGCAUCCCUGGACCAAGAGGCACUAGCGGCCAUUGAAGGCUUAGACAUAACUCAUGAAAACUAUGGGAUUGCAGUCGAUAUAUUAAAAGAUCGUUUUGGUAAGCCUGGGAUGGUCAUUGAUGCUCAUUAUGAAGCGCUUCCUAACCUCAAAAGUGCUCAUUCACCAAAUGAAUGCAUGAAUGUAUUUAAUGAAAUAGAGAAACACCUCAGAAUUUUAAAAGCUUUGGGAGAAGAUACUAACCACAAUAAUUUAAGAAGAAUUAUAUUAAACAAGUACCCUGAAGAUAUUAUCUAUGAAUUGAAAAUGAAAGUAAAAGUAGAAGAACAAAGUGUUGAUACUAUAAGAAAAUUAUUGGAACAACAGAUUACUGCUCGUGUCACUACAACAAAACCUUUGCUGAGUACACUAUCAUUUACAAACACUACUGAGAAGAGACAAUAUCCAGUGAAGAGGAAAUUCCCUACACCCAAAGUCACACCUGCAAAGAGAAAGAAGAGAAGCUUACCUUGUAUCUUCUGUGAUGGAGAACAUUUUAAUGACAACUGUAAGCAAGUGGUGUCAGUAGAAGACAGGAAAAAGAAGAUAAUUGGACGUUGUUUUGUUUGCUUUAAAAAGGAUCACACAGCAAGAGAUUGCAAAGAAAGAAGAAGAUGCUUCUACUGUGGUGAAAUCGGAAAACAUAAUAGAGCACUGUGCAAUAUGGCCCAGAAAAGUACAACACUGCAGACUCGCAGCGAGAAGAAUAAAGGUACUGUACUACAGACUGCUAUAGCUCAAACAGUACCAAUUUGGUCAAGAAAUAAUUCCUUCAGAUGA